AUGGCCAAAACUAAGAAUGCCCAACCGUCCAAGAAGCCCUCUCGUGGCUCUGCCUCUGCAUCUCCGAUCACCCCUCCUGCGCCGCCUGCACCAGCGACCGGAGCUCUUGGUUCGUCCUCUGCUCCGACGAAAUCUGCCAGAAAAUCGAAGACCCAGGCUCGAAAAUCAGUGAUCAAUCUCGCCUCUCCACCAGUCGUUGCUUCUCCAAUUGCUUUUUCAACACCUGGGUUUGGUGAUCAUGAUGAAUCCCAUUCAUCCGAUCACACAUUCUCGAAGUCUUCUUCUUCGAAUGGUGCUCCUAAUGUCGACAAAGCUAUGGUGACGUUGCCCACGGUGGUGUCUUCAUCUUCAAAGGCCAAAAAUCUCAAGGAGAAUCCCCCUUCCGUCUCAUCCUCGGAUUCUGAACCUGAAGAAGAAACUGAGGAGAGUGAAGAACCUGAAGCUGAUCAUGUCACUACAAAACCUGUUCCUGUCCCUGCUGCAGUUCCAAAGAAGGAUAAAGGAAAAAGGCCCAUUGUCUCUUCAAGUCCUCCUCCUCAAGGAAAAGUUGCUCAGAGAAAGGCUCGGUUUGCUUCCCCUGGUAUUACAAAUGAUCUUGCUGCUGCAUCUGCUUCAACUUCUGCUCCUACAGAAAUGGCAGAAUUCAGUUUGCGGUUGGGAAGAAUGGAGACAAGUCAGGCCUUGCUUCUUAGGAAGAUGGAUAGCAUCAUGAAAUAUUUCCGACCCAAUGAUGAUGAAUAA